AUGGGGAAGCAAAGCAUAGCUAUCAAAGGUCUCCAAGACGAAGAUAGCAAUUUUAUGGCGAUGCUGUCUCUAUUGGCGAAAGAAAACGCACCUCGGAUUUCCAAGUAUACAUGUCCGGAUAUCAAGAACGAGAUCAUCUUUUUUUCAGCAAAGCAGAUUCUCGAUGGCUUAAUUGACAAUUGCAAGAGAUCUGUCAUUUAUGCAUUAAUUGCUGAUGAGUCGACUGAUGUUACAAAUAAAGAGGAAAUUUCUAUUUGUAUACGUUUUGUUGGCAGGAAAGAGGACGGGAGACAUCUCAUAAGUGAAGAAUUCCUUACUUUUGUACAUGCAGACAAAGGAAGCAACGCUGAGGAACUCACAACAAAAUUGCUAGAGACCAUCCAGAGCGUCGGUUUUUCAGUGAAUGAUAUGAGAGCCCAAGGAUAUGAUGAGUGGGCACGUGAGUGGUGUGCAAACACGGAUUCGUCAAAACAACUUGGAGACAAUCCUGUUGCUAGAGAAGAAAUGGGAAGACGCUCAAAGCUGAAGGUGCUUUGUGAAACGCGCUGGGCCUCCAGAGCAGAUUGCCAGGCAGUUUUCUUCGACGCUUUCAAGAGCCCUGACCUCGAAUUGAUUCAAGUCUCUGAAGAAGCAAAAACCUGCUUCUCUGUUCUUAAUGCCGAGCGAAAUGACGAUGCUGUUUGGGAGGCCUUGAUGGAAAAGGCUAUAGAAAUCGCCUCGGAUUACGGCAUUGAUCCAUCAUCGCCAAGAACGGCAGGAAGGCAACAACAUCACAACAACGUUCCAGCGGAUACUCCAUCAGCAUAUUGGAAAAGGGCAAUGUAUUUGCCAUUUCUAGAUCACCUCGUUACAGAGAUCAAUGAAAAGCUCGUGGUGCCACAACCAGGCUUCGAGGCUCAGCUCCUUAUCCCAGGUAAAUGA